CCCAGUGCCAAAGCCAACCAGGCCGCCAAAGCCACCCUCAAGGGCGUCAACACCCACAAGGCCCGCAAGAUCCGGACAUCCACGACCUUCCACAGACCAAAGACCCUCGUCCUGUCUCGAUCACCCAAAUACCCCCGCAAGUCCAUUCCUCAUGAGACCCGACUUGACCACCACAAGAUCCUCAUUCACCCCUUGAACACCGAGAGUGCGAUGAAGAAGAUUGAGGAGCACAAUACAUUGGUUUUCAUCGUGGACACCAAGGCCAACAAGCGACAAAUCAAGGACGCGCUGAAGAAGUUGUACGAUGUCGAGACGGUCAAGAUCAACACCCUGAUCCGACCGGACGGCACGAAGAAGGCUUUCGCCAGAUUAACGACGGAUGUUGACGCUCUGGAUAUCGCUGCCACCAAGCUGUCGAUCGUGUAA